AAAAAAAGCCAGUAUAAUAUGGUCUUUCUUAUUCUUUCAACAAAAAAGAUGAAAGACUGUUGGAAAUAUAUCGCAUUUGCAUACGGAGGCAUAGAAUUUAUGAGCCGUACCAAUAGUGUAUUUGAUGAUUAUAAUAUGGAGUUUAUCCAGCUUGUAACCGAAUAUUAUUCAAUACUUUAUAAUCGCUACGAUUUUAUGAUACAUAUUGUCAGACAAUGCGACCGAAACAUCACUCGAUUAAAGAGUAUUGAAACUAAACUACAUGCUUCGAACCAAAAUAUGCGGUUUAGUCAGUUGGAUAUGAUGGAAAUUGUAUCGAUAUGUGUGGAAUUAAACAACUGUCUUGAUACUCUUGCUGAAAGAAAUGCACACCUAAGACAAGGUUGGAUUCUAUACAGUGAAAAGAUAGACAAUAUGUUGACAAGGUUCCAAGAAAGUAGAUGUGCUUACUGGCUUAAAUAUACCUUGUUUGGUAUUGCAGAAGGAUCGAUUUUUCUUAACACGAUUCUUGACAACACUCCGUUAUCUAUCUUUUGUGGAUUUUUAGUAGUUCAACUUGCCAUGUUUUGUACUUCAUAUGAAAAGUUUAGUGUAGAGAUGAUUAUGAGUAAACUAGAAGAACGUAUUGCAGGAACUUGUCUGGAAUUGUCUGAUUACAACAACAGAAUCUAUUCUAUAAAACUGUAUAGUGAGAGAUAUCAAAGAUCUGCGGAUUCGAACGUACUACGUAUUUUUUGUUCUGGUGCCCGGGUAAAUGUUCAAACGGUUAAAAUGAUUAAUGAAACAACAGAGAUGCAAGUUAAAUUGCAGGAGCUGAUGAAUGAAUCGAGAAGAAACGCAUUGAAUAUCAAUCGAAUAAUUAUUUCAGAAGGUGUCGAUAAUUUUUUGGCUCUUUCCGGUAUAGUUAGAUAACAGCGUAAAUGAAAUGAAUAAAAUAUAAACCUAGUUUUUAUUAUUUUCAUAAGGGCACGAGGGAAAUAAAAAUAAAAAGUGCCCAAU